AUAAAUGAUGAUAAAUAAUUUUUGGUCAACUUGCUGGUUAACAUUAGUAGUAGUAAUGCUGGACAACCCUUAUUGAAACUGCCUUUGUAUUAUCAACAGCGGCUAAAACUUUUGUUCCCGAAUGCUGCCAAGCACACGUCUGCCUGUUCCAUAACUUGGUGUUCAUUUUCUACACUUAGAAUCUCCAGCGUCACAAGGCGCAAUGAAGAGGAUUAUUUUUAACAUUGCUUUGUUGUACUUGAUGUUAGCCAGCGUCCAGGUAGGUCAAAGAAGGGCUACAAAAAGAGUAUUUAAUUUUAAUUUUUUUAAAAAAAUAUUUCAAUAAAACUUUCUGACAAUGUGAACGUUUGCAAUGAUAAGUUAUGCCAAUGUAUACGCUGUUAUUGAAAAAAAAAACACAAAAAUAAUUUUUUUUUUCUUACUAUAGAGCAUGAAGUUACAUAUAUAUAUAUAUAUAUAUAUAUAUAUAUAUAUAUAUAUAUGUUUAACGGUAAUUUCUGAGGCGGGAUUAUGAUCUUCCGUUGGAACUUGGAUUAAAACAAAAACAAACACGAAAAAACUGCAGGUUUUUAAAACAGAUGCUAGCAAAGGAUCAUCAAAGUAAGAUGGUUUGGCAAAACUUUGAAACUCUGAACCUUGAUAGAGAACAUCAAGUGUUCCAAUGGAAAUAUCAUCAUCUGGAUAAAAGAUCAGGAUAAUGUUACUCAGAAUGCAGAUAUGCUUAUAUAGGAAAACCUGAGGCUCGAGUAAUGAUGCUGCCGUAAGAGUCAAAAAGAACACGAAACAUAAUUCAUUAAAGAAAGAAAGGUCGCAACGUAUUGAGUGUUAAACAUAUAAAACGUGAUGGGAACAUUUAAAAAAAAAAAAAGUUAAGUUAGAGGAGUUUGCUAAAAAAGAGAUGUGAUAGGACCGUAUUUAAAACAAAAUUUAAGAAAAAAUAUCUUUGAAGCAAGCUCAAAAAUCUUUAAAGAUAUGCAUAUGGAACUGGUUACAGAGAGCAGUAGUGUACUAAACGAUGGUACAUAACAUUUAAGACAUUCUUAAUGGAUGAGACGGAGGAGCCAAUAAAUUACAUAACCUACCAAAAAUUAAACACGGACCAUUGGUCAGUCAAAGAAUACGGAGCGACAGGGACAAUUGGUCUGUCAAAUAACACCGAAUGAACGGGACAAUUGGUAAGUCAAACAAAACUGAAUGAUGGAAACCGUUGGUCAGUCAAACAACACUGAGGGGCCGGAACCAUUGGUAAGUUAAACAACACUAAGUGACCGGACUCAUUGGUCAGUCAAACAAUACUGAGUGACCGGAACCACUUGGUCUGUCAAAUAAGACUGAGUGACCGAGACCAUUUGAUCAGUCAAACAACACUGAGGGACCAGAAAUAUUUGGUCAGUCAAACAACACUGAGUGACCGGGACCAUUAUGUCUGUCAAACAACGCUGAGUGACCAGGACCAUUGGUCAGUUAAACAACACUCAGUGGCCGGGACCAUUGGUCAGUUGAACAACACUGUAUGAAACAAAAGAUGUUAUCUUUACAAAAAAUUAAACAAAGCACAAGGAUUAGACCUUAUCACUGCAGAACUGAUGACUAGGUGACAUCAAACGACAUUGGCAAAUAUAUGUUCUCAUGAAAAGAAUUUUGGCAGAAGGAAACACAUAAUGAUACAAUAGAAAUGGAAUACUCCGCUUAUGUUCCCUAUUCACAAGAUAGGACCUUAGUUGAAAUGCUUAUUUUAAAUAGGAAUCUCCCAAAUGGAUGUAACUUAAAACAUCCUAAAUAAACUAAUAACAAGAACACCGGAAAUAUCUAGUGAGCAUAUCCUAGAUGACUAGCAAUGUGGAUUCUAUAUUUGGAACCAGCUCCCCUUCCACAUCGGUUAUUGUUAAACCUCGUCCAUUUUCAAAUAGUCCCUUAAAAUUCAUCUGUUUAGGUCCGCCUAUGACCUGUGAUGCACCCUCCUUACCCUGCCUCAUUUUCUGUUUCAGGUUGAUCCUGAAGUUUAGGCCAAAACGUGACAAAGUGUCCUCGUUUUAUAGCCAUUUUCAUUGUUUCUAUAGUAUAGUAGUUACUAGCCUAGCGUCUCAUUUUUAUUUUAGUUAGUUUACAUGUUUUUAAUAAUUGUAAAGCGCUUAGAGCUUUAUGGUAAGCGCUAUAUAAAAAUGCCUAAAUAAAUAAAUUAUAUUUCUUAUUAUCAAGUGUUUUCUCGUAAAAUGUUACGAAUACAGCAACAAGGAACAAUAUCAAUAAGUGGACUGCAAGACAGCUUAAGAUAUAGUAGACAGCUAAUAUAUAUAUAUAAAUAUAUAUAUAUAUAUAUAUAAAUAUAUAUACAUAUAUAAUAUAUAUAUAUCAUGCUCUUCAGGAACAUGGAGGCGCUAGAAACUGACAAGUCUGAAACAUUUGACAAUGGUUAACUCACAUAGUAAUUUAAAAGUACAGAGAGAGCACUCGGGUUAGUUUCCAAGGAAAUCAGAGCCGCAAAACACGGAGAUACACUUUUAUGUUGUUUGUUUAACAUCGCGUUAUCAAAAGUAGUGAUGAAAACACAUGAGAGCUCCAGUGGAUCUAUCACAAACAGUUGGGAGGGAAAAAUUAUAGAACCACAACCAAAAGUAACUUUAUACAGCUAACCAUUGCAAUUCUCACCAUAGGCUGAAAGCGCCACAUGUAGAAACAGCAGAUUUUAUUAUAAAAGAAUUCAAGAAACUUGAAGACGGCUCCGUUAAAGAUUGUCUUGAGGUAAAUGAAGCAAUGACAAAAUUGAAAAUGGUAAUGUCACGAAACACGCACGUUGAUUAUGUCAUCAUGAUAAGCGACCACACCUUUUAGAGAUUGGCUUCUUUCAGAUUACUAGGAGCGAACUUUUAACAUAUGAGAUAGGAAAAUAGUCAGGAAUCUGGAUGGUCAGGUGAUAGGCAGUGAUUGUUCGAAAAUCCAUACCAAGAGAUCUAUCAGUUGUACGAAGCUUCAACCAUAGUCUCAACAAUAAAACUGUCAGAUUGUUCAGGACAGAAAACCUUUAGAGGAUGCCGGAAUCUAGUGCAUAAAGGUGACCCACAGGCCUAGCGCAAGUCUGAGAUGGGUUGAUGAUGUAGAGAAGGACUUACAUCAGUUAGCGUUCCGUACAUUGAGGCGAAAUGCAAUGGAUUGAUCCAAAAUGGAAGGAUAUAGUGGUCAGGCCAAGGCCAUACAUGGACUGUAAAGCCGAUGUUGAUGAUGUAUUGUAUUUCCGUCGCUGAUGAAAUAGUUGCCUAAUUAAUUUCAAAUCCUUUACCAAUGACUUCUUUAUAUAAUCAAGGGUAUCAUUUAACAUUAGCAAAGUCGUAUAUCAUAGUUUGGUCCAAUAACGUAACACAACAAUGUUGAAUAAGUAUGGUCUCAUUUACGGUGCCUGGCAAACUCUCUGCUCUCGCCGAACACCUCAUUUGUUCGUGACACAGAAGUAAAACGCAUUACAAAAUAUUUGAGUUUGAUUUGCUGAAGACAUAUUUUUUGUCAUAUUCGAUGAAGCAAUUCGAUGAAGCAAUUCGAUGAAGCAAUUCGAUGAAGCAAUUCGAUGAAGCAAUUCGAUGAAGCAAUUCGAUGAAGCAAUUCGAUGAAGCAAUUCGAUGAAGCAAUUCGAUAAAGCAAUUCGAUGAAGCAAUUCGAUGAAGCAAUUCGAUGAAGCAAUUCGAUGAAGCAAUUCGAUGAAGCAAUUCGAUGAAGCAAUUCGAUGAAGCAAUUCGAUGAAGCAAUUCGAAGUUUCGUUUAUUCAACAAAGCUCACCAUCUGUAUCUUAUGUGCAUUUCGUGAAGAUGAAAGAUUGUCUUGAAUUACUUCCAAACCUAAUUUUUGUCUUUUUUGACUUGGAGAAACGUAUCAACGCAGUAUUGUUCCAGAUUUUUAAAAAAAUUGAUACUAUUUUCCCACCGUAUUUCAGUUGCUUCAAUGCAUUUUUAAAUUUGAAUACAAAAUAUUUUUCUGGAAUGAGACAAAUGUUUUUAAUUUGGUAUGCAUGUUGAAGCUUUGUUUGCCAAGGAUGAAGUAUUUAAUACUUUGAGCCCCUUAAUGUUAUCAGAGCAUGGUAGAAACUUCUUUUUCCGACAAUUGUAAUGAAUUAUUCAUUUCCGAAACACACUUACGUCAUUUUCAUUAAAUGAUAAAAUAUUCGAUGAAAAGUAUGUAAAUGCAUUGUUAAACACUGCCUUCUAUUGCGAUAAAUUAAUCUCUUAUUUUUAAUUUUAAGGCUCGUUCGAACAGUGCCUAACAAAGCACAAUACCAUAGAAAUACGAUAAUAAAGAUAUGACACGCAAAACAGUUGCCCAUUACAAAUAAGAUUUAAUGCAUUAAUAAUACAAUUACAAAACAAAAGAAAUAUAAUUACAAAUCAUCAACUUACAGAGUAUCAGAAAAUCUUGCACCGGCUCAGGAAUAGAACAAUGUGCCAAUCAAUAAUGAUGAAUGCGAAUAACACAUAUGCACACAAAGAAUAAUACACGUCUCGUGAAAUUAAAAAUAUUUAUCAAUCUCCGUCUCUCGCCGUGCCUGUCAAUCCCUUAUAUAUGUGGGUUUAACGACGCGUCUAGAAACGCCCUUACUUUUCUAAUUCAAUCGAGAACCUUUGAAAAGAUACUAGUUAACAUUUUAAUCAUUUUUAAUUGAAAGUCGGUAGUAAACACGAUACAUCAAAGAGAUUUAACCACGCCCACAACACACAUUACUGUCUGCUACUAGUCUAAUGCGAGGUCAAAGAAAGUUGACACACGGGAAAAAGUGUAUUAAAAACAGCAUGUAAUUUCUAAUAUAAAUCUCAGCAAUAUUUAGAUGAUUUGAGACAUAAGUUACUCACCCAACUUUUUAUUACCUCAUAUUCUGUGAUGUUUUAUUGCAUGGUCUCAUUAACUUGAUGAUAAACUAAUUACUUUUUUUUUCAUCAAAUAUUUAUAUUCAAUUCUGUAUCUCAGCAUACAUUCUGGGGUUAGUCUUCUCUUGGACCAGUACAGCUGUAGCACAUCUGGCAGUAUCAUGCACCACACUAGUUUACCGCUACACAUCGUUUGUGGCACUCUGCACUGAUCUGUUGUUUUUUAGUUUGCUAUCAUUUUUAUCAACUAAUUGACAGAAUAUUUGAAGGCUAAUUUCAGCUAAUUUUUUUCUAAAAAAAUUAAAUAAAAAAUUAUAUCAUGUUAUAUGUGACCUGACAGGUCAGCGUCAUGUCAGACCAAUGUGACAGUUGUGGCGCCAACGCCGUUUGUGUCAACGGAGACUGUGUGUGUCCGGCAAACUACACAGGCCACCCACAAUUCCACUGCCACCAUGUUAACAAUCUCUAUUGCGAGUAAGUAUGCUCAUCAUUUUACCUUAUUUUAUUCUGUCUUAGCCAUUAUUGUCUAGCAAGCUACGACAUCGUGCCAUUCAGACUAUGCCAUUACUUUCGCUUUUAAGCUCGGACCACAAGCAGAUGUGAAACCGUCUCCGCAUCUCAUUUGUCCUAGCAUUGGCCAACCGGCGUGCCGUCUGCCUCUUGGAUUGUGUCCGUAAAUGUCUUCGCUUUUGAUCAGGUAUCCGAAAAUCCCCUGGGGCAUCAAAAAUUGUGGCGUUUUUUGUUGUUUUAGUUCUCAAGAAUACAUUUUGCAAAAUUACCUCGAGAAUCUAAUGUUUCAAGACAUUUAAAAAAAAAAUUAGAAGCCAUUUCUUGUUCGCGCCUAUAAGCUUGGUCGUGUGUAUCAGAUUACUGGAACUUAUGAAAUACUUAUGUUGACAGACGCUCAAUUAUGAAAAAAAGAACAUCGCAGAACCAAAGAAACCAAGAUCAAAAGGAGAGAUACAACUUUAUAAAAGGCAAACUUGAACAGUAAGGGAUCUUCUAAAAACGCUACUAAAUGGACCAGUUAAUCUUAACUUAUUUAUUCCAUUGACCACUUAGCCAGUCAAAUUUAGGAUGCGAAUCACUUAAAUGCAUCAAAUUAAAAAAAAGACGAAAUGGCAGCCCGAAAUUCUCAUCCGUUUCACGGAACUAAACUAGUGCAUGAAUUAUUAUUCUGUGGUCCUACUUAAUUUGAUCCUGAAAUAUAACCGUAUUCUGUAAAAAAAGAAAAAAAGGGGGGUUUAAUCAAGUCCAUUUCUUUUUCUGUCAUUUAUUUUUAAAAUUAUUUUUAUACAUCGGGACAGGCUAGUGUAGUGGAUCCAAGUGUUAAAAAAAUAAAAGAAUUAACUUCUCGUUUUCUUUAAAAUGCAACACAAUCUACUGCAGUGUGCGUGUGUGGUAGUGAGAGUGCAUUGCCUUCGUCAACAGUUCAAGAAAUAACACACUGUUAGAUGCAGUCCAUUUGGAUCCCGGAAUAUAGAUGAUAUUGCACAACAGCCCGUCGACUGAGAAGAUAAGGUCGUCAAUUAAUGGGCCAACAAAAAAAAAAAAAAAAAGACAUCAACAUUUAAAAAACUAAAUUUAUUUCUAAAUAUAAAAAAAUAACGUAUUUACUGGAGAGCGGGCGUUACGCUAGAAGCUAACAGUGUAACAAAGGAUUGGAUCACGGAAUAUAGGUGAUAUUGAACAACAGCCCGUCGAAUGAGAAUAUAAGGUCGUCAAUUAAUGGGCCAAAAAAAAAAAAAAAAAAGACAUCAACAUUUAAAAAACUAAAUUUAUUUCUAAAUAUAAAAAAAUAACGUAUUUACUGGAGAGCGGGCGUUACGCUAGAAGCUAACAGUGUAACAAAGGAGCACGAAGAAAAACAAUAGCGAAAAUAAGUCGCUUCUCCCUCAGGAAAAUAUGGACCUUUUUACCAAAGUUCAGACAUGUAGCAUGACAGCCUUUUUUUCACUCAGUGUUUUAAACAUAAAAACAUCCGUAUUUUAAAAAGACGAAGCAAGACGAAUCAGAAGCAAAAGAUACAUCAAAGAUUUGAUACUGUGGAAUAUCCAUAUUCAUUACCAUAAAAUUUUUUGAUUCGAUUCAAUAAACUUUCUGAUUUUGGUCAUAAAGGAUUGAUGUUUCCAAUCCCUCUAAAACAACCUUAUGGUUGCUGUUUUAACGUGUCAUUUUUUUUUCUUUUGUUCAUGAUUGUCGCUUUGACACUUCCAUUCUAUAUCGUAUUCUUCUUCUUCUUAAUUUGAGGGCCAGCGAUACAUGAAUUGAUCAUUCUGGCGCCUGUAUUCCAUAUUUUUGUUGCACCCAUGUGAAUCGCAUGUUUCGAACUGUACUUUUGAUAUUUUUGCCCCAUGUCCGUAACUUUUUUAAGUACAGACUGAUGUGGCAGAUAGUCGUCUAGAGGUAGGUCCCUUCAAACUGCCACAGAAACAAUAUUUGGGUUAAGACCUCCGUUUCUUUCUCUUAGUCUCUACAAGGCUUAUGUUGAGUAAACCAUUCACACUUCAAAAUAAAAAAAAAACAAGAUGGUUUGAAUAAAAGGGUAUUGUUUAAUUAUGUAUAUACUGUGUUAAAACACAGUGCACAAUUAAAACCAACCAGUAAUGAUGCCGUCCACAAUGGAAGAUAGGAAAUUCAUGUUCCCCAUCGAAGAUGUACUGAGCUCAUCUGACCAAUCACUCGCUCUUUUAAACAAGAACUUCUUCUCGCCCUUGACAAUAAUUACACGCCACCACGGAAUUAGGUCCUGGCUCAUUCUGUGCUCAGUAAGUGCGGUGGGGUAUAUAUGGAAGAUACUUAAAGAAAACAAUAUCGCUCACUGACAAAAUUAGACACAACAAGACAUCAUGUGACCUGACCGUUAAUCACAGGUUUUGUACUGGCUGUUUGAUAUGUUCUCCCCAUGUUCAUAACUGUUUAAAUUACGGAAUGACACAAUAACAUGCAGAUCAAGUUUUAAUUCUCACAUGCGUCCCACAGACUUCUGAAUGACCCAAUUCUGACCACGUUUGGCAUUGCAAAAAUCAAGGUCCACGUGCUGGGUGCCACCAGGUUUGCUCAGUUUGAAACCAGGCGUUCUGACACGGAUCAGUCAUGUGACUUUAACUUGUUCGCCAUCAUGGAGAGACUUAGGGGGAAAAUUUACCCCAGGAGUUUUGAGGUGAAUAUUUUUUUGUUAUACAACUCACAGAUGAACAAUUAUUGGGAUAGCGAGAAUAAUCACAACAUUUUGCUUAUGGGACGAAACAAUCUCGGAAAGACGAAAAUAAUGUUGAGAACAUAGGAUGGACGAAUAAUUAAUUGACCCCCUAAUGACGUCACAAAAACAUGAAAGCUAAUGAAGCCAAAACGAAAUGAUAUCUAAAAACGAAUACUAUGAAAUGACCCCAUUCUUCGGGUUCAUUCCACGAUACUCUAUUUAAUGACCCUGGGUAUGCACUACUCUAAUAAGAUAUCUCUUCUCAAGGCUAUGGUCUGUUAAACUAACCUUUAUUUUCCAUUCUACACCACAUGACCACUCACUCCAACACUCCAAACAAUAUGUACACAUUCAAGAUGAAUCAUUCAUGAAAACCACUAACAACCUCAGGUCAUACAACAUGACGACCACACAGGACAAUGAGAAUCACAAAGUUCAGCUAAUACACAGCGACAACAACAAUCGUCAGUCACUCAUACUGUCACAGAGUAAGACGUAAGCAUGUAUUUGAUUGCCAGUUAAGGCUCAUCAGGAGAUUUUCGUUGUCAUAUCUCUCGCGUGCUUUCACAGAAAUGUCGGGUAUCAAAGUCAAGGUAAUCUAAUAUAAGUGUGCGUCUGGUGCAGAGAUUUAUAAUGUAAAUAUUGAAAAGACAAUAUAUAUAUAUAUUUAUAUCUAAUAUAAAUAGUUAUAAAGGCAAGUUAAGCAUAAUAAAAAUGCAUUAUAAGCAAGGAACAUCAUAUAUAAAUGAAGAAAUGAAAAUAUAUUACAUCUAAUUAAAGAAAAUACUCUAGACAAUGGCCAAUAAUUUCAUAUAACAUAAACAUUGAAAAGAAAUAUGUAUACAAAAGGACAUCAAUGAAUUGACCGAGAAGCUGACCUCCCAAGCAAGACUGUUCGCAGACGAUACGGCAGUGUGCGACACGAUGGCCAUCAGUACUGACCAGGACCAGCUACAACGGGAUCUCCACCGGUUAGCCGAGUGGCAGAUGAACUGGGGCGUGGAAUUGUAUUCCGUCAAGUACUAGAACCUGUCAGUCUUCAUUAGCUGAAAUCCCUCUACACUACUCUUAGAAACUUCAGGGCUGUAUUAAUAAGCCAGUUUUCACGGUAAGGUAUUUCGGAGUUACAAUUCAAAUAGGGGUCCACUGGGACGAGCACAUUAACAGUGUGUGCAACCGGGCAAAGUAGACCCUAGGAUUCUUCAGGCUAAAUUUGAGGAUCUGUUCCUCAGACGUGAAAUAAAAGGACUAUAAAGCCUUGGUCCGGCCGAUUUUACAUUAUGCAACUUCAGUCUUGGGCUAAUUCACACAGAAGGGCAUCGACAUGUUGGAGGCGGUCCCACGACGUUCAGCACGCUUUGUCCUGAACCACUACAGAAACACUUCAAGCAUCGGAAGUAAGCUGGUAACACUGGGCUGGUUACCGUUGGAGGAACGAUGAUGACUUCGCAGGCUCUCCAUAAUGUACAAGAUUUAAAAAAUGGGCUGGUCAAUUGCUCCAAAAUUAAACAGAAACUCGUCCCUCUCCCCCUCCUUAGACAGCGAUCGGAUCAUGACAGGCAGUUCCAGCGCAUAAAAAUAAAAACUCAGUACAUGAACUCCUCAUCCAAGCAAAGACACACAGGGACUAGAAUAGGCUUCCGAAAGCAACACGUGAGGUGACUACACUUGACACAUUUGUGUCAAUGCUCUCCUGUCCUCCAACCCACAGUUCUUAAUACCAUCACUGAGUACCCCUUGCGACCAGUGAAGCUUCCUCUUCAAAACUAUGCAAAGUUACAUCACGAGACUAUCCACAGACAUAGGAUCCAGAAUGAUCAAUCCAUUGAUCGUGGAGCCCUCUAAAUAUAGAAGAAGUUGAGCUUCUAUUGAAAUGUUUUGAACAAAUUAAUAGACAUUAAGCGUUCUAUAAAAGUGCAAUAAGAAAGUUUCUAGUGAAAGGAAUAAUUGAUGUUUACAUUUAAUUGUUUUUUGUGUGUAAUUUUCUGGUUUAGUUCGAGCUGAAAUUUUCCAAUGUCAACACCUCGUUAGUGUUCAAACUUGAGUCCAACAGACAGGCCAAUGGUCAGUGACUUUACCCAUCUUUUUAAUUACUGUUCCUACGUAGCUUUUGUUUCAUAUGAUGCCAUCUGACAUAUACUGUAGACAUUUUUUGUUAAUGUGAUUUUUUGUUUUAAAGUCAAUAAACAUUUUUUAUUACGAAUUACAAAAAAAAAAAAAAAAAAAAAAAAAAAAAAAAAAAAAAAAAAAAAAAUCUAUAUUUCGAUUUCUUGUCAUUUUAAAAGGCAUACGAUUAACUCUUUAAUAAUCCCAAUUGUUUUUAAAAAUGCCUCAUUCAUUCAAAUACUCAUAGCUUUAAUUUUUCUUCAGGGGCCAUCUUGUGGCAGUACUUUAUUUCAGAACAAGGACCAACGGCCCUGUCAUUUUCUGUAGCUAUUCCUUUCAACAAUUGUACGAUUGAACUGACUGAGACUCCGUCUCGGUUCGUUCUCGCUGAUAUCGGCUGUUGUGGAAUUCAGUUUGGUAUUCGACCUUACACAGAGAAUUCGUUGUACGCGCCAGGUAAGACUUACACGUCUUAUAACAAUGUAUACCGAAAACAAUUUCCUCCUUAGUUGAGAGAUUUCAUAUGAGACCUUCAUGUCUUGUGCAUGUGGUUAUUUUUAUUGGAGAACUAGCCAUCUUGUAAUGACGGAACGAUAAACAUCGAAAACAGACACCAGGGAACUGGCGUGACGAAUGAGACAUGUGGACCGAUUUCAUUUAAGAAAUGACCACGUUUUGAAGGUUGAGCGUUUUAAGUUUAAAACUGAUAGCUGUUUACAGGUUGACACAAUUUCUAUAAGAAAUAACCAUGCUGUACAGUUGGACACUUUCGGUUGAAAACUAAUCACUUUAUACUGAUGGGCCGAAGCCAUUUAAGAGAUGACAACGUGCUAAAGAUGAACAUAUUUCAUUGAGACUUGACAUUUUUCUAGCGGCGGUCUAUAAUUAUUUCAGAGCUGACUUUAUAAGCUGCCAGAUUUCAUUUCAGAGCUGAUUGCAUUGUACAUUAAUACAUAUUUCAUUUGAGAAUUGAUUGCCUUGUACAAUUUCAAAGAUUUCAUUUGAUAACUGAUUGCCUUGUACAUGUUGACAUAUUACCGUUGAGAACUGAUGGCCUUCUACAGGUAGAUAUAUUACAGUUCAUGACUGAUUGGCGUGUACAUUAACACAUAUUUCAUUGGAGAAUUGAUUGCCUUGUACAUGUACACAUAUUUCAUUUUCUAACUGAUUGCUUUGAACAGGUUGACAGAUUACCGUUGAGAACUGAUUGCCUUGUACAUGUAUAUAUAUUUCAUUUGCUAAAUGAUUACCUUGUACAGGUAGACAGAUUACCGUUGAGAACUGAUUACCUUGUUCAUAUAUACAUAUACCCAUUGAUAACUGAUUGCCUUGUACACAUGAAUAUAUGUCGGUAUAUAAUUGACUAAAUAAAAUCGUCACCCUACACUGAGGUCAAGGACGUUUAACUACGUAGAAACCGGUACAUGUUUGGUGUCGUUGAAUCAGGUGUUACUUAUGAUGACCGCGAAAACCAAUACGCCUACAGUUAAAUUGGUUAGCUCCUACGCCUCAACUUCUAGGAAUCCAUCAACUUGUUUUACUGAUUCUUUUUCAUAUAAACUAUCCAAAAGAAUUGUAUUUUCAACGCUUUGGCUUAGAAAAUGUAUAACAUGAGGAAAGAUUACAUUUUUAAGUUAAGAAAAACCCACCAUCUUUCUGUUUCAGGUAUCUUUGUUGAGAUCGACACAAACAACCAGCCCACAUUUAACAACUGGCUAGCUUCGAAUGAGCCCCUGUGUCUUGACAAGGGGUCGUUUACUUUCGCGGACGUCCAGACCGCUCUGAGCAUCCCUGACCCGGUCAAGGCAAUGACGUUCCAUGCCAACGCAAACGUAGCUGGCUGGGUCUCCCUGACGAAACAAAUAGAAGAAUACAGCCUCUCUGAGUACCUCAGGGCGUGCGACUUAGACAGACGGGCCCGGUUGUCCGACUACGCUUGGUUCAUAUUCACGAAUGCGCCUCUCAUCAACUGCAUCUCUAAGAAUACGUUGGACAACAAACUCCUCUACAAUAUCAUCACCCUUCUUACGAACUACGUGUGCAACGAUUUCUAUAUGUCCUGCGUCAUUGCCAAGAACUUUGUGCAGCUCAAUUGUAACAUAGCGAAAUUCCCUUACCUCCAGGAAUACGUUAACUCGUCAUGCUAACAUUAAUUUCCUGAUUUUAAAGAAAGCACUCCAAUGGACGACUAUUGACCGCAACUCUUACGAAAGCGCAUGGGUAGAAUUUCUUAAAGCAUUACUUAUACUGCAGUCAUGGUUUUACUUUUGAUUUUUAAAAAAAAAUUAGAAUAUCAGUUUAUUAUUAUUAAAAAAAACAACAACACACAAUCGUUUAAAAGAUCUAUUAUAUUUACUUUGAACAAUCUUCCACCUAAAAGGUUGAAAGUAAUACAUUGGAAAUACAUUCUUUGUUUGAAAUUGAUGAGUGUUUAUUGGUACUUUCCUUGUGUGUGUUUCGGUGUGUGUAGAUAUUGAGCGGGAUCAUAAAGGCUACCACGCAACAGGGAUUCAACAAGUAAAGUUGCCUCCCAUCUUCUUAUGUGAGCAAUAUAAUACUCUAUUUCUCUACUUAUGACUACACGUACGGAGACUAAAUAAACUUAAACCACAGUUGUCUCAUUGACCUUGCAAACCACAGUUGUCUCAUUGACCUUGCAAACCACAGUUUUCUCAUUGACCUUGCAAACCACAGUUGUCUCAUUGAUCUUGCAAACCACAUUUGUCUCAUUGACCUUGCAAACCACAGUUGUCUCAUUGACCUUGUAAACCACAGUUGUCUCAUUGACCUUGCAAACCACAGUUGUCUCAUUGACGUUGUAAAUGAAAAAUGUCUCAUUGACAAGGUAAACAGUUGUUGUCUCAUUUAUCCAUAAACCACGUUUGCCUCAUUGACCUUGUAAACCACAUUUGUCACAUUGACCUUGUAAACCACAUUGGUCACAUUGACUUUGUAAACCACAGUUGUCUCAUUGAUCAUGUAAAUUACGUUCGUUUUAUUGACCUUGUAAACGAAAGUUGUCUCAUUGACCCGUAAACCACGGUUGCCUCAUUGACCUUGUAAACCACAUGUGUCACAUUGACCGUGUAAACCACAGUUGUCACAUGGACCAUUUAAACCAUAGUUGCCACAUUGACGAUGCAACCUGCAGUUGUAUCAUUGACCUUAUAAACAUAAGUUGUCUUAUUGACCUUGUAAAUACAUAUGUCUCAAUGACAUUGUAAACCACAGUUGCCUCAUUUUCCUGUAAACCAGAGUUUCGUCAUUGUGCUUGUAAACCACAGUUGUCUCAUUGACGCUGUAAACCUCUGUUGCCCCAUUUACCAUGUGGAUCAGGGUUGCCUCAUUGACCAUGUAUACAACAGCUGCCCUCUUUUAUUUUAGAUUGACAAUGAGUUCCUAU